AUGACUGCUUUUACUAACGUUGAUGAAAAAGGUUUACUUUAAAAGUAGAUUAUUAAGGAUGGAAUUGGAGAUUGCCCAGAAAAAUACAGAGAAGUUUAUGUUUAUUUUGUUCUCAGAAAUGAAAGAGGUGAUUUAAUCACUGGUACAGAAUCACAACCCUACAAAGUAGUCAUGGGACGUGGAGAUUCAUUCUAGUUUAUGGAAUAACUUCUUUUGACUAUGAAAUUAGGAGAAAGAAUUUUAGCAAAAAUUGAUAAAUAGCUAGUAAAGGAUGAUAAAAAGUUAUCUAAAUUAGUGAACAAUGAAGAAAUGAAUUUAGAAUUAGAAAUAGAAAUCGUAAGAUUAAUGAACUACAGAAACAGUUUAUGGGAAUUGGAAAGCGAUGACAGAGAAGCCUUAGUUCAAACAAUUAAAAACUAAGGAAAUGAAUUUAUCAAAAACAAAGAAUAUUAAAAUGCUACAUACAAGUAUGAGUCAGGAUUAAAAACAAUAAAAAAUGAUUAAAAUUCUGUUUUCGAUGAAGUCUAAUAGUCUUUACUAAAUAACUUAUCUUUAGCAUAUCUUAAAAAUAAUCAAUUUGCUGAAUGUAUUGAAACUGCCACUGAAGCCCUUAAAAGCUAGCCCUCAAAUGUUAAACUUUUAUACAGAAGAGCAUAAGCCUAUUCUGGCACUCAAGAAUACGAAAAAGCUAAGUCAGAUUUGAAAGAAGGUUUGAAGCUUGAUCCUAAUAAUGCUGAGUUGCAAAAAGAAUUAAACGCUUUAAUUAACAAGGAAAAGAUUUAAAUUGAAAAAGAAAAAAAAGUCUAUGCUAACAUGUUUAAAUGA